CAAUGUAAUACUACACUUAAUUUUAAAUAGGUUUACAAGGAAAAGUGAAAAUUGUUACAAAUAAAUUUAUAAAUUUGAAUAAAUCCUAAAUUUGUGGCGAAUGUUUUAAAAUGACAACUUCAGGAGAAGGCUUUGGAUCAGUAACGAUGUGGGGGUUUUCCCCUGCUAUUGAUCUUCAAGAAGAUGUGCGAGGUUGUUUGCCAACAAACGAGGAGGGGAUCGAAGUAAUGAACAUCCUCUUGAUUGGAAGCGGAGAUUGCCGUCAUAUCUUAAAGACAAUGGCGCAGAGGAGACGACAUAAGAAACGAAAGAUUCACAUUUACGUCGUUGAAAACAACCUUGAACUGCUUGGCCGACAUUUGUUGUUGUUGACGCUUGCGUUGGAACCUAGCGAUAAAGUUGGAUUGCAAGAGAAAGUUGAUUUAUUUUCCGAACUUUAUGGAAAUGCAUUAAUUCGCCAACAAAGCGCGCAAUAUUUGCAAGAAAAAGCGAAUUUGUUUAUUGAGAUGAUAACAGACCUAGAUUACUUUGAUGAAAGAAUGCCGACAAUUGAUCUUUCACAACUAAAAUAUAAAGAACGGGAUUAUCUGGAAGGUAUCUUCAAGUUCUGGCGGGAACCAAACCCAAAAUAUUUUAACAUUUCAAGUUUAUGGGAUAACAGGUUACGACAAUAUCUUGGGGUUCGUUACGACGCAAGAAAGGGGGUGUUCGAUUGGGAUCUAUCAAUGAAACUUCAUGAACUUGGGGCGAAAGUUGUCACAAAAAACGAAUAUUUUCGAUGGAGGGAAAACGGCGUCGCGUUUGAAACUCGGGAGGGGAUUUACGAUCGCCCGAAUAAUUCUAUGGCUUGCGGGAUUUUGUUGAAGAGGAGGGAUGGUGAGCGCGUCCCGUGUCGAGGUUAUUGGGGCGACAUGAUCACUGGACCGUACGUGGCAUUCGGCCUCGAUGCUGAAGAUAAAAGUUUGUUUAAAACUGCCAACGGGAAACCAACAAAGACAGUCGAAGACAUCACCCUACACAACUUAACGUUGUUGUUUCACGAGCUGUCGAGCGGGCAACAGAGCAUUAGGAAUGAUGUCGUUGCAAUCGUUGAACCAGAACGACGGGAUUCUGAAAGUGAAGUGACGCAUGAACGAACAUCACACCGAGAGUUUUACGCGCCGAUUCCCUGCGAAGAAGUUUGUGUUCACUUUCUUCCAUUAAAUUUUGUGAACGAAUUGCCGCGUAAGUCGAAAUUCAAGAAUUUGUUCAACGCUGCAUUUGUAUCAGCGAGCAUGGUUCAUCUCUUGGUUCCGUCGUUGAAAGAUAUUUUUGCCGAACAUUCGAGAUUAAACAUUGAGCUCGUCAAGUUUAUACUCGAUCUCGACAAAACACAAGUUGACGGAUUCUCGAACCGAAUAUUAACAAUGGCUGGUGAUGUUGGAUUUCAACCAAGUUUGGACCAAUCAGAAGCUCUCGUUUCAAACUGUUUCGCUAAGUUUAACAAAGCAUAAACCUCACUGUGAUGUCAUAAUGGUGCUACCAUAUAUUUUCAUAUAACCCAUCAAGUAUUUUUAUAAACACCUCGUUAACAGGUACUUAUUUUGUCACAAAUAUUUUAAGCAGUUGUUUUCUACAUAAAGUGGCGCGUUGCAGCAAACGUCGGUUUUAUGUAAAUUCUGUAACAUGUAAUAGUUUGAAUGAAUAAAUUGGUAAAUAUUA